AAGACGUAUGUACGGGCGGGACUUGGUCGGGGGAAAAGCUCUCGCAUUUACGUCUCGCCGUCCGCGUCGCUCAAAGAAAGCCUUCGCCACGGCUGCAUCCCCCGUGAAUAACGUUCGUUAUUCGUCCUGGAAGUGAGUUUAUUACAUUGUGAACGGGCACUACGGGGUUUUACAGCUAGGUAUCCGGCAGGAUAUAAAACGUCGUUGGCAUACAAAGUGCAAAAACGUAACCAGGUUUGUUUAAGGUGGCAGUUCUCCGCGCCUAGCCUUCCAGGAAAGAUACAGAAAUGAGAUUUUAUUUCCCUCAACGUUUUCUGAGCGUGCUUCUGCUGCUCGUCGCUUUGACGUGCGCCGCACAAGCCAGCAGCCUCCGAGCGAGGCGUUCUGUCUGGAAUGAUAUCGGAAACACAUUGAACAACAUCGGGCAGACAAUCAAGGAAACCGUGAAGACCGAAAUCGACUCUCUGCUCUACCGACUUUCGACCACCGAUCCCGAAACGACCCAGCCGACCUUGGAACCGGAAUGGAACGAAACGACGCUAUCAGAAGAGAAUUGUAAAACGGACGGUCGAGAAAUCAUAAAUACUUCUAUUAGAUGCCCGCCUGAUCAUGUAAUAGUAAAUGGUAAAUGUCGAAUAAAAGUUCGUCGACGAUAAGAUUUCAUUUUAAAAAA